CGAUGCGAUGACGCAAGGCCGGGAGGGAUAGCACGCGGCCCCACCACCACUGCUGCAGUCGCCGCGCAUGGAGCUCGGGGGCGGAGGGCGACGAGGCGCCGGCGACGGCGUCCGGCGGCAGCUGCAGUCGGUGGGGCGGUUGGCGGCGUACCUCGGCGGCGGCUUCCUCCUCCUCUCCGCCGCCUCCUCCGUCGCCGUCCGCUCCCUCCGCGCCCUCUCCGACGCCAACCAGAGGAAGUUUGCUACGCCGUGCGGCGCCUGCGAGGGGAAGGGAACCUACGCGUGCAGGCUCUGCCGGGGAAGCACCACCAUCGAGUGGUCGCCGAUGCACGACCCGGUGUUCGUCAAUCCAUGCCUCUGCCCUACCUGCGAGGGGACCAGGGUGCAACGCUGCUUGAACUGCCUGGGAAAAGGUUGCGCUUGAAGAUGCAAGAUGUAUUCCCCAGGUGUUCCGUUCAGCAAAGUCAUACAGAUGUCCACACUUCUAUUUUUUAUGCUGACAUCAGUUAUUCAGUUGCAUUGUUUUGUUUCGCCAUUUUCUGGAGACAAAAAUGCUGUGUUGAAUAAAGUAUGCCAUUCUGUGCCCUGCUGCCCUCCAAACAAUUCUUUCUCUGCUUGCAUUCCUCUGUCUUCAGAUGUUUCAGAAGUUACCCAAAAAUGAUAUGUUUUUUUGUUGGGAAACUAUAACGGGGGGUUUCGACA